AAUCUUUUGACUAUUGGAAUGACUAGUAAAGUUCGGCAAGCAAUUUUGCCGAUUAGCCGAUUUAAGCGAUACUUCACACCGUCGCAUAAUUCUAUAAUUUGUACAAAGACUUUAAAAACAUAUAUAGAAGCUGAAACGGAAGUAAGCAAUGUGCAUUUGACACCAGAAAUUAGUCUUCAUUUGGUAACCCCGAAUACUCCCACGUGGUACUCCGAUGGGAAAGACUCCAAACUUUUUGAACCAUUUUAUGCAUUCUAUUGGCCAGGAGGCCAAGGUCUCUCAAGGUUAAUUGGAUGAUGAAUAUUAAAACUUUCUACAUUAUUUAUCAUAAAAACAAGUUCACAAGUUUAUUAGUUACAUUGAAAAUACUCAAAUAAUGCAUUUUUAAUGAUUAAUUUUAAUUUCAGAUUUAUCCUUGAUAAUAGUGAUUUAAUAAAAAAUAAAAACGUAUUAGACAUAGGUUCGGGAUGCGGAGCAUCUAGUAUAGCAUCAAUCAUGUCUAAAGCUUCAUUCGUCACGGCGAAUGAUAUAAAUAGAGAGGCUAUGGUGAUUUUGGAUAUGAAUUGCAAAUUAAACUUUAUAGAUAGUGAUGCUAUUAAGAAAGUUACUUCAAAUCUAAUAAAUGCACAUACAGAAUAUUUCCCAUACGAUAUUGUUCUCAUUGGGGAUAUGUUCUAUGACGAGUCUAUUGCCAAAGAACUAAUUGGAUGGAUGGAUAAAUUAUCAAAAGAAGGGAAAGAAAUAUAUUUAGGAGAUCCGCAAAGAAAUGAUAUUCUAAGUUCAUUAGACGGUCGUUUAAGCAUAAAGGCAACUUAUAAUUUACCAGAAAAUGUUCGAAAGGAAAACAAUGGAUUGAUGACAACCAAAGUUUGGAAAUUUGAGUAAAAGAGUCAAAUAUUUUAAUUCAUUCGUCUCGAAAGGAGCUUAUUUAUCAUAUUGAUAAACAAUUCUUAUGAAUUGUAUAACAUAUAUUUAUUAAAUACAUGAUUUAUAAGAGAUACUAUAAACUUGUGUUUGUAAAUAUACAGUAUACUUAGAUAUAUAUUUAUGUCCUGAUUCCAGUAAAAGAAUCACAAGAAUUAGAGUUACGUGAGAGUUCUUUUUUGUGCUCAAGUAAUCUUCUCUGCUAUAUAGGUUUAUUUUUCUUAUUAUCAAGCUUCUUCUAGUCUAAAGGUUGUACAUAGUAAUGAUGACACAAUGGUUUUAACCUUAAAAUUCAAAUUUUAUUCCUACUUACAGAGUGUUAUAUAAAUAUGUGUUAAAGAUGUAGAAAGCAUCUUCUCAAGAUGAGCAACAAUAUAUU